UUAUAUCUAGACUGCACAUGGUCAACAGGUGGAUUUAGUGAAGUAAAUUCGAUUUUUUAAGAACGCCUGUCACCGAGAUAACUGAUCCAGACCCAAAGUAGGUCAAGGUGAAGUAUAGCCUUCUACACCAGGGUAAACCGUUUGCACUGUUGCAGGACGUGAUUGUAAGAAUAUGGCAAAGAUUCAGCUAGUAUACUUUCCUGUGAGAGGUCGUGGUGAAUCCAUUCGGACCCUGCUGGUGGAUAACAAUGUUGAUUAUGAAGAAGUGGAUGUUCUACCAAGGGAAAAUUGGGUCAACAAUUGGAAACCUAAAAUGGCUUUUGGCCAGUGUCCAUUUCUGAAGGAUGGUGAUGUGGAGCUGGUGCAGUCAAAUACAAUACUGAGAUAUCUCGCAAGGAAACUGGAUUUGUAUGGUGCUGAUAAUAAGGAGGCAUCAAGGGCUGACAUGAUAAACGAUGGAACUGAGGACCUGAGAGUGGCUUACACCAAGAUGAUAUACCAGAAUUAUGAGGAAGGAAAGGGGCCAUUUAUUGAAGAGCUCCCCGGGAAACUGACGUACUUUGAGAAUCUGAUGCAAAAUGGAGACUAUAUACUUGGCAGUAAGAUUUGCUUUGCGGACUACAAUCUGUUUGACCUUUUGGACUGUCUUGUGACCUUGUCUCCACCAUGCCUAGAUAACUUUCCCAAACUGAAGGCCUACUAUGGUCGCAUGAUGAACCGACCGGGAGUGCAGAAGAGGAGGUCCACUGAGCAUUUCAAGGGAAUGAAGAUCAAUGGCAAUGGGAAACAGUGAAAAAAUCUGUCACCAAAAGGUAUCUUUAGAAGUCUUGAUCCCUUAAAGUUUUAUUAAUGUCCCUUGAACUCCCAAGUUCUUGAGAUGGUCACGUGUAUACUUUACUCCUAUUGGGAAAUUGGGGGCCUCAAUAAUAAUCAGUACGGGCUGGCGUUUUACAGUGAAAUAAAACAGUAUUUGUAUUUAAAGCUAUCAAACUUGUCUAUUUUGAUUAUUUACCUGGAGAAGGAGAAUUGAUGCAAAAAGGUUUGGACGAAAUACCAUACUGUCACCGGUUAUUACACUGUGAAAUAAUGUGAGCAGUGUUAUCCAUGGGCCUCAUUUCUUUGUUAUUUCAAAACUUCAAUCAUGAUUAAGAAUUUUUCCUGUAGUAUAACAUCUACAAGCAUUACAGUUGUUAAAUGGACUUGGUAUUACUAAAACUGAACUUUUCUCUCUAGUUGCAGGAUCAGAUUGAUGGAUGGAAAGUGGCCAAAGCCUUUUAGUACUCGGAAGUAAACUAGACAGUCUGUUCACAUUUCUUCAGAAUGAGCUACAUGUACUUUAAAGUAUGCUUAUGUAAGAAUGCAAGCUACAUGCAAAGUUAAUGUUAAAAUAGAGAAAUGGAAAAUAACCAUACAAUGUUUGUUAUCUCCUUAUGUUGAUCAAUAAAACCCCCAUGAUUUUC